AUGGACGGCACUGCCAUCGUGUCGGAUGACCACUUCGACCCCCCCUCGCGCCUCUUCGAGCGCCUUCGCCAGAUCGCUGGCUAUACCUGGGACGAGUCUAGACUUCCUUUUCAUACCUCCUACGACAUCUGGCACAUAUGCGGUACUAGAUUUGUGUCCCCCUACCAGCCCUCUUCGUCCUCGUCCCACCCCGCCUCGAGUCCUGGAUCAACUGCGAGACUACAGUCGGGUCGACCCUCUCCCUCAGAACAUGCGAGCUCCUCGAGCCUUCAUUCGGGCCUCCCUAGCGAUGCCAGUAGCGACUUCUCUGCCACCUCACCGCCUGCGAACUCGGUCGGCGCUGCGGAGAUUUCAUACAUAGAAGAGCCUGUCGUCGCCCGCGUCUCGUACCACGUUCUUCGUGAAGAGAGGGCCUUUCACAUAGCCAAAAAUCUGUUCGCCACGGCCGAUCCAAAUGGGCUCCAUAUUGUAAAACCGCUUGAACUCAUUCGCCUCGCACCACACCCGGGCGACCGAGGUUCCAUCGUCGUCGCAAUUUACCAGCAUCCGGGGCAAAACUACCUAUUCGACCUCGUAGAUCUGGGGCCCGCCUUCUACAAGGCCAGAAAGGUGGACGAUAGAUAUGAGGCAUAUCGCAAGGAAAACUUCCGCCUAAAGGAACAGAUCAACCUACAAGAUUUUCUCGACUUUGCCAUUGGCGCAAGUCAGUGCUUGGAGAUCCUUCACUAUGGACAGGUUAUAACCCAUGGAGAGAUUCGGCCCGAUUCUUUCCACUUCAAUAUUGAGACGAAUUCUGUCAAGUUGAUAAACUUCGGCACCGGUACGAGAUCUUUCGAGGGAGGCUUGUCGAGUACCUCGUGGUCUAGCUUAUCGAAAGAACUCGGCGCCAAGAACAAGCUUCUCUACAUCAGCCCGGAGCAGACUGGACGUAUGCCAGCUGAGCCGGAUAGUCGGACAGAUAUUUAUUCACUCGGUGUCGUAUUUUGGACACUGCUCACACAACAACCUGUGUUCGAGGGCGAGACACCGCUGGACAUUGUGCAGGGUGUUCUGGGUCGAAGGAUCCCCAACGUUUCUCAGGUUCGGCUUGACAUACCCGACGUCAUUGGGCGCAUCAUACAGAAAUGUACAGCCAAGAAUGUCGCCGACCGUUAUCACUCGGCAAGCGGCUUGAAGCAUGACUUGUUGAAGGUACAGCAGUUUUUGACCGAUGGCGACUGGCUGGCGCUCAAGGAGUGGAAGAUAGGAGAGAAGGAUAUAUCAUCCUUUUUUAUUUUGCCCAGCAUGAUGAUCGGGCGUCAGAGGGAAAGGGCAGAGCUAAUCAGAGUGAUUGAGCGGGUCGCGAAGAGCCAUUCAAUGAACCAAAAACCAGCAAACAACCGGUUUUCUGACGGAUCCCAACUCUCGAGCGAACUGCCAGACUGCGUGGAUCUAUCAAGCGAAGGUGCCAGCUCAGCAGAGGGCACAACGCGCCGCAGCGGAUCCUUCACGCAUACUACGUCUUCUGACCCUAGGCAAUCAAAGGCUAGCUUUGUACCAUCCAUCUUAUCUGAUACGCAGACGAUAUCUGGAGACACCAUUGCCUCGUCCAACUCCGGCCCACUUGCGCGCAUGACGAGGCCUUGGGAGAGACACCAGUCUGUAUCCAUCGAAACUCGGAGUCUUAUAGAUGGAAUGGGCACACCGACAGACAGCAACCGGCACAGCGCUGUCGAGUCAUCGUCAUCCAGUUUGUCGCGUCAACUUGGGUCAGCAAAGUUUCGGAGGCGCGGCCAUUGUGAGAUUGUCCUAGUGGAAGGUGCCGGUGGACUCGGCAAGAGUUGUUUAUAUCAGUCUGUUCUUGCGGAAGCCAGACGAAGAGGGUAUUGUGCAACGGCCAAAUUCGAUACAGCUCGUCGAACCGCUUUUGGACCGCUCCUCAAGUUGUUGUCGUCACUGUUCAAGCAGGUCUUCGGGGAGCGUAAUACGGAUACGCCGUUCCACCAGGCUCUGAAGCAGUACGUCCGGCCUGUUUGGCCGACGCUCCACAAGGUUCUUGGGCUACCUGACUUCCUUAUCGGCGCACUAGACAACUCCCUGCCGCGAUCUGCCUCGAUUACACACGGCGUUGCCCAGACUCGUAGCAUCAGGGCAGGGCUCAAGAGACGCGGAUCAUCCCCGGGUAGCUCCCCCGGGCGCCUGCCAAAACCCACUGUUAUCUCAUCCCAGGCAUCUCAAGACUUCUUGAGAGCUGGCGGGGCAACCAAAACCAUGCGUUUGAUGAACACUUUCCUAGACGUCUUGCGUAUGUUCACAUCACACAAGUUUAUAUGCUUUGUGCUAGAUGAUCUCCACUUUGCCGAUGACGAAUCCAUGGAGUUGAUCACUCAAAUUAUUGGGGCGCGAAUGAAGAUGGUUGUUAUCAUAACUUAUCGCCCUGAGGAGUUGUCUCCCGAGCGAGUCCAAUCCAUCAUCCAACCCCCCGAAUCCGAAGAAUUUCCACGAUCAGGUGGCCCGGUCGUUACGCGAAUCAGACUGGCUCCUUUGGGCGAGGAAGAAAUUAUCCAAUAUGUCUCGACGACGCUUUGCAGGCCAAAGGAAGAGGUCUUGCCGCUAGCCAUAGUCAUACAGUCAAAGACAGCAGGAAACCCGUUCUAUAUGCGGGAAAUGCUGAGCGCCUGCUACCGGAAAAAGUGUAUCUGGUACGACUACAGAGAUAGUAAUUGGCAUUUCGACCUAGAUCGACUUUUCGAGCACUUUCAAGGCGAAAGCGACUACGAUAUCCUCGACACAGGUUUCAUCACGAGGAGGUUGAACGAGCUGCCGCCGGCUUCUAGGGCGAUACUCGCCUGGGCUGCUCUGUUAGGGUCAUCAUUCUCAUUUGAGCUCAUAUCUAGGCUCCUUAGUGGCGAGUUUCAGUACGAGGACGAUGAUGAGACCACAUGUCAAGGAUCGGGCAACGAACAAUACCAUGCAUCAUAUUCUCAACAAGAAGCCAUCAACGGCUUGCAAGCUGCGGUUCAAGCUUAUAUCAUUGUUCCAAGCGAGACGGAUGAUAGAUUCCGCUUCGCCCACGACCGAUUCAUCCAGGCGUCAGCAGCGUUGAAGGAGUGCAAUGCACGAAAGAUGCAUUUUGUGAUUGCACAAACGCUGUUGAAGUACUACUCUGCCGACCCCAGGGCAAAGGACAACACGGCUUCACAUAUCUGUGAGUCUGUCGAUAUCAUCAAAAAGCGGGUCCCCCGUCGUGAACCGUAUAGGAAGCUCUUGUUUGAGUGUGCGCAGGCCGCCGUUGAAAACUGUGCUAGGCCGACCGCUUCCAAGUUCUACAGCGCAGCAGUAGCACUUUUGCAAUCAGACUCUUGGGACGAUGAACUGGAAGAUGUUUCUUACGAUGAGACUAUGCAACUACACCUCCGCGCUGCCGAAUGCAAUCUCUACAUGGGCAAUCACGUUGCAGCAAAUGCCUUGCUCGAAACAGUCUUCAAAUGCGCCCGAAGUCCCUUGGACAAAGCACCCGCUUACGUCUUGCAGUCAAGGACCCUUGCACAGAGUGGCAACGCCAAAGGAGCUUUGGCUUCGUUGAAAGAAUGCCUGCGUGCCCUAGAUGUAAAGUUCGACGACGAGCCGACAUUUGAGAAGUGUGACGACCAAUUUGAGAAGAUGUCAGUAAGAAUUCAGACAAUGGACAAGAAUGAACUCCUCAACCCAGCACCAUCCCUGGAUCCCGGCCUGCCAUCUAUUGGCGCAGUGCUAGCAGAGACUGUCAGCGCCGCAUGGUGGAGCGACUACCUGCGGUUUUACCAUCUUUCUCUCGUCAUGUUGGACCUACAUCUCACUCAUGGCGCAUUCCCGCAAUCCGGGAUGGCGUUCCUUCACAUCGGAAUCAUUGCCCUCGCCAGGUUCAACAUGGUUAGUUUCGCUGUCGAAGUGGGCAACGUCUGCAUCGAGCUGCUUGAUCGAUACCGGGACCCCUUUUCCAUGGCUAGAGGUUACAUGAUAUAUGCCAACUUUCUUGGUCAUGUACAAAUACCGGUGGCCGUUGCGUUAAGUCACUUGGAAGGCUCUGUUGAGUAUGCUGCGGCUGCAGGAGAUAGAAUUUCCUCGAUCCUUAGCUUCGGCCUGGCUGCGCAACUUAAAUUCUUCUCCAGCGAGAACUGUUCCGACCUUGAGUCUUUUUGCCAGUAUGGGUGCGAAGAGAUUCCCAACUGGCACCAAGAUACGAGAGGUGGCACUCUUCUCAUCUCAGUUCGACAGGCCUGCCGUGCCUUGCAAGGGAAGACCCGAACAACUGAGGCACUCGAAGUCAUGACCGAUGACCAGCAUAACUCUGCGAGCUACAAAUCCUGGCUGAGAGCCAACACGCAGAACGGUAAUCGAUCCAUCCUGUGGUACGAAAGUAUUGAGAUUGUGCCCCUUUUCAUAUACGGUCAUUAUGACCGUGCCAUUGAGAUUGGACAAGCAUGCUAUGAGAACGUCCAGAAUCUCUGGUCUGCGCGGAACAGCAGGCUGGUAAUGUUCUUCUACGGUCUUGCUCUCGCGGGACGAAUGCUCCGCAGGCUCAACGACCCUCGCAUGGAUCCCAGCAGUCUAACUGGGGAAACGGAGGAGACUCUGCACAAACUUCGUGAGCUGACGAAGAGAAUUAAGGAAUGGGAAGUCUACACUGAAGUCAACUACCUCUCGUGGUCUAGAAUAUUGGAGGCUCAGAUCAGCGAGUUGACCGGCGAUUACGGCGGUGCGGUCAAGUUGUACGAAGAGGCCCUGGAUAACGCCGAGGAACAUAAUUACUUGUUUGAGGCGGCGUUGGGCAAUACGCUGAUGGCGGGUACCCUAGUCAGGCGCAAAGCUCGAAGACUGGCUCGCUCCUCUUUCAGGGAUGCCAUUGCGUUCUACCGACAAUUUGGCGCGGUAGCUGUAGCCGAUCGUCUGGAAGAGGAGCAUGCGAUAUUACUCCACAGCCCGACAAGAAACCCAAGGACGACGGAUGCCGCCGUGCAGACAGACUUCGCCGGUGACAGCGGUACCGUCGACUACCGCGCGGUCGAAGGGGAAGAGGGCCCAGACUCCCUCCAACAAGCCAACCAGACCGCCAUAGCUGACAUCAAAGGCGAACGCAUUGGGGCGUGGCGCGGCUCCAUGCAUGAACACCACGAACCCGGUGCAGGCCUCCCUGCGCUCGACAUGAUUGACUUGCACGCGAUUCUGCUUUCUUCGCAGGUCAUCUCAGGUGUCCUCAGAGUCGAUGAGCUGCUCAAGACCAUGUGCGAUGUCAUUCUACAGACCUGCGGCGGAUCAGCCACACUCGCCGCCAUUGUCGUUCAAGACUUGGAUGAAUCUGGCUGGUGCCUCGCGGCGAGCGGUGAUCCGGAAAAAGGUGCGUCAGCGCAUAUUCCGGGGCUGCCCCUUGCUGGAACAUCCCUUGUCGCGGAGAACGUGAUCUUAUACUGCACCCGAUUCCGUGAAGCCGUGUUCAUUCCCGAUAUUAUUAGCGAUGAGCGUUUUGGCAACGUUAGCGAGGCCUGGCUGCAGCGCAAUGUGUUGAGCAAAGCCAUCAUCGCCAUUCCCAUCUGCCACGGCUCGAAACCAUUACUGGGGGUCUUAUAUCUGGAGGGCGAGCCGGGAUCCUUCACUGACCGCAACGUAUCUGUCCUCCAGCUGCUGGUGAAUCAAAUCGGCAUCAGUUACUCCAAUGCUCUGGCAAUGAAAGCCGUUGAAAAGGUCUCGGCUGAGAACGUAUCCAUGGUGGCUCUCCAGAAGCGUGCUCUUGCCAAGGCAUUGGAAGCAGAGACCAAAGCUAAGCAUGCCGAGGCUGAAGCUAAGCGCAACGUUAAGCUGGCUGAAGAAGCUGCAAAGGCCAAGUCAAUUUUCCUGGCCAAUGUCUCCCACGAACUGCGGACGCCACUGAACGGUGUCAUAGGCAAUUCAGAAUUGCUCAGAGACAGCGACCUGGACAAGGACCAGCAGGAGAUGGCCGACUCAAUAAGAGUGUCAGCCGACUUGCUGCUGACCGUCAUCAACGACAUCCUUGACUUUUCGAGGAUGGAGGCUGAUAAGAUGAAAUUAUACGUCAUUGCCUUUAAUCCAGAGGAAAUGGUUCGGGAGGUUGUUCGCGCUGUUUCUUACAGCAACAGGCAAAAGACGCAACGGAGGAAUGUCAAGAUCAUUCAAGAUAUCAAUCUGCCACCAAUGCUCAUUUAUGGAGAUCCAAUCAGACUGCAUCAAGUCCUAGGGAACCUUAUUGGCAAUAGCUUGAAGUUUACCGAAGACGGUUCAAUCACCAUUGGUGCCCGGGUUGAUUCUGAAACCAAGGACAAGGCGACGCUGACCUUCAGAGUACAAGACACUGGUAUUGGAAUUCCGCAGCAACAACUUGUCAAGCUCUUCCAGCCGUUCAGCCAGGCCGACACCAGCACGGCGCGGAAGUACGGUGGCAGUGGCCUCGGCCUCAGCAUCUGCAAGUCCCUCAUCGAAACAAUGAUGAAGGGCAAGAUCCAGUUGGAAAGCCAAGAAAACGUGGGAACGACAGCCUGGUUCACAGUCACAUUUGACAAGGCCAAGUCAGACGUGUCUGCCGGGGACGCACAACAAAUCAAGUCGCCGCCGCCCAUUGAGAGAUCUGCUCUGCCCGUCUCCGAGAGGCGGAUUGCGUCACCUAAUCCCUUCCUGGAUCUUACUGCCAUUCCGAAGGAUCAGAUCAGAAUCUGUAUUGCGGAAGACAACCCCAUUAAUCAGAAGAUUGCCAUUCAAUACGCCCAACGGCUUGGGUAUAGCACGGUGGAUGCGUACGAAAAUGGGCUGAAGGCUGUCGAGGGCUUGCGACAAAAGGCCAGAGACGGCCGGCCAUACCAUGUGGUUCUCAUGGACGUACAGAUGCCGGUGCUUGACGGUUACGAGGCGACCAAGAUGAUUCGAAAAGAUUCGAUUGACGUCGUACGCAAGGUUUUGGUUAUUGCCAUGACGGCCUCGGCCAUCCAAGGCGAUCGGGAGAAGUGUUUGGCAGCUGGUAUGAACGACUACCUGGCAAAACCUGUCAGGUCGGAGGUGCUAAAGAAGAAACUGGAUACCUACGUUAGCCCUCAGGUAUCCGUAAGCGAGACUCCGCUGGGGAUUUGA